AUGGGACAGCUGACAAGAGCCCUUCUGCAGCCCCAGAAUGUCUACCUGGUGGAUUGCGGUGGUGAGCUGUACGUGUGGAUGGGCAAGAAGUCGGCCAAGUUCUUGCGCUACGCUGGGUUCAAGCUAGCCCAGGAGCUGAUGGACAUGAUGCCGAGGGGCUUCUACGGUGGUGCCGAGUCCUCGCUCAUCGCCGAACUUGUUGCCAACGCCUCAACUGCCCCCAAGCGCCCUGCACCCCUGCUUUGUCCAGAGGGCGCCGAAAGCCAGGUGGGUGGUCAUGCUCUCCUCCCUUUUUUUCCUAAAAGCAAACGAGAAUUCGACAGUGUGCGUACAACAGCUGUGCUUGGCCUUGGGUGCAGACAACAGGAUAUGUGCGCCCCACUUUUGUGUCAAAAUUUAUUCAUCUUGCAGUAUAAAUAUAGUUCCUAUGUCAUCCAUGAAUGGUGA